UAGAUCGCUACCAGUUUUUCCGAACACCGGACGAAAACGCGGAGAACCAGAACCAGAGACACUUAUAAGUGAGUUUAUCAACACAACGACAAACCAUCAGCCCACUGAAAGUUAAAGACGACGAAAAAGAAUAAUUUUAUGUAACGUUGUUGUUGUUUCUGAUAUCUGUCAACCAUCAAUAUCUUUUCGAGACCCAUAUUCCAUGGAAGAUACUAACACAGAGCGAGGUUAUAGGUAAUAAACUCUGCAGCUGAAUACGUUUUAUUUACCAAUCGACCGUUCAUCAUCGUCAGUCCAAUAAACCAUCAACUGUGUGAAUGACAUACUGAUGAUAUGAUACGGUAAUUCGCUUGUCACAUCAGAAUGGAAAACGGCGAGGAAGUGCCAAAGGUGGGGGGGAGUGGUCAUAACAAAGUGUCAGGUUGUGAUGAAGCAACAGAAAUGUUUUCUGAAAACGAGGGUGACAUGGAGGGGAGUGAAGAUAAGUGUAAGGAACAUGAUGAAGUGAUGCCAAUGGAACGUGAUAACACAGCUCUCGAGGCUGGUGGAAUGAAUGAAGAAAAUCUACCAGAGAAUUCAGUGAAAUUGAAAUCUCCAGGACAACGGGGGCAGUCUCUGGAAGAGAGUCUCAAUGAGGAUGAGACUGUGGUGUCUAAGAGGAGCCCAAGUGAUCCUCAAGGCUUGCCCAAGAGUAAAAAUGAGGGUGAGAGUUCUGAUAAUGAUUCGGAUAGGGUUGAAAAUCCUCAAGGGAGCUCAGACACCUCGGGAAUAGCUGAGAGCAGUCAACCCAGUUGCUCCACUUCCAAGUUCCACAAGCUAAAGUCAAAGGUGAAAAAACGUCAUUACAGGAAGAAAUCUAGUGAUACUGAGGAUGCCAGGAUGGAGGAGAAGAAACUGAGGGCAAAUGAUGAUGACACAAGUCCGAGCUCUUCUGGGGAACAUGAGAGGACGAAGAGGAGCUCGGAGGAGCACAGGGAGGAGAGAAUUCAGUCAUUGAGUGAUGAUCAGAAUACUAAUUCUAAUAGUGAUCAUGAGGGGGAUGAUUCCAGUGAGUGGACAACUGCUAGUGAGGAUGAAAUCAGUGGAGAAGUUCCCCGGGUUCUACAGAAAAACCCACCGAAGCCAAGGAUGUUCAUUGUACCGGAGGUCAUCAAUAGACAGAUUGGGAAUACUAGGCUGUUUGAGAGGAAAUUUUAUGGUUCUCUGCAUGUUGUGCAGCGAUUGGAGUUGAUGCAGAAGAUGGAGGAACAUGAUGGCUGUGUAAACGCAUUAAAUUUCAAUCGCGAAGGGAACCUGCUAGCGAGUGCCUCAGAUGAUUUACGAGUGGUGAUUUGGGACUGGGCAAUUGGUAAAAAGCGUCAUGCAUUUCAUACCGGACACAAAAGCAACGUCUUCGAGUCCAAAUGGCUUCCACUCGACUUCGAAAACUACGUGGCCACCUGCGCUCGUGAUGGGCAGGUUCGUCUCCUCAAUAUCUGCAGUGGAUCUCAUCGUAAAUUAGCGUCUCAUCAUGGUCCAGCCCGACGAUUAGGCAUUCAUCCAGAUCAUCCCCAUACAAUUCUCUCAGUUGGAGACGAUGCAAAAAUUAUACACAUCGAUAUUCGUGGUGGGAAGCCCAUGAAGAUACUGACAGUUAAGGAAGGACGAUCUGACAUGAAUCUUUACAGCAUUCAUAUCAAUCCUCGUAAUAGUCGUGAAUUCUGCGUUGGUGGUCGUUCUCAGGCGGUUAAAAUCUACGACAGGCGAAAACUAUCAAGUCCUCUGCAAAGACUCUGCCCGGAGCAUUUGUCGGAUAACACGUGUGCUCAUGUUACUUGUGCCAUGUACAAUUAUAAUGGAACUGAGAUCAUCGCAUCGUAUAAUGACGAUGAUAUUUAUCUUUUUGAUGUUAUGGUGCUCCAUCCCUCUGGCGAUUUUGCUCACAGAUACGAGGGCCACCGUAACAAUGCUACCGUCAAGAGUGUCAAUUUCUUUGGGCCAAAAAGUGAAUUUAUCGUCUCAGGAUCGGAUUGUGGAAACAUAUUCUUCUGGGAUAAAAAUACGGAGGCUAUAGUGCAGUGGUUCCCUGGGGAUGAGCAAGGAGUUGUUAAUCGUCUAGAGUCACAUCCAAAUGUACCAAUUUUAGCCACUAGUGGAUUGGAUCAUGACGUGAAAAUAUGGAUUCCAUCAUGCGAGCAGGCUCCAGAAAUGACUAAAUUAGGAGACUGUGUUAAAACUAAUCUAAGGAACAGGGCGGAUGAUAUUACUAUGGAGCCAGAUGCUUUUGAUGGACAAAUGCUCAUGGUUUUUUUACAACAUAUUCGUCAACACGAAGGCUUCAGUGUGAGUAAUAGUGUUGAUGGUCUUUUCUCAUCGAGAUCAGGAUUGCUAAUGUGGCCCUUUGAGGCCGAUAACUCAGAUUCGUCGAGCGAUGCUGUAUCAGAUCACAGUGAGGACAGCCCCUCCGACGGACCGACUACAGGACCCCAGUGUUCGCCGUCCUAAAUCAUACUCAUGCCUCCCACAACUUCUUGUUCGUCUUCACUACGAGACGACAUCGAUUUAUACAAUUAACAGUCUCUGAGGGGAGACACCAUUGGAAGUUAUCAGAGAGUAAAGAAAAUUUUAAAAGAUCAUUUCUGUCAUGAAGUGGUAAAAUAGCAGAUAAGAACUAAAGACUCUUUGGACGCAUGCAAGACUUGUAAAUAUCAUUAGAAUGAAGAGAUAUAACGCAGUAUUUUCUUGAAAAAAUCCACUUUUUCACUGAUUUCAAUUUGUGAUUUAUAAUUACAUGGCGUGUGCAUAAAAUUUUAAGACAUUGUAAUAUAGAGUUUUAAGUUAAAAUUAUUGAUUGCGAAAUCUGACGUGUGUAUUUCAGGGAUACUGAAUGGAAGGGAAAACGAAAAGAGAUGCUUUUGAUUCGAUUCAGGAACAAGUGCUUUUUUUUGUCUUGGAUUAAAGAGACUGAAAUUUGCUGAAUUGCACACGGUGAAUCUAGUGAAAUUUAAUGUAGGGGAUUAUUGCGGAAAGGAGGCAUUUUUAUUAAUUAAUUGAUUAGUAAAUAAUUUAUUUUCAAGUUGUUAACAUCGGAAGACCAUUUCAAUGUUUAGAGCUUGGAAAUAAAUUGAUUAAUUCAGUUAAUUUUAUGCGAGUUUGAAAAUCUAAACCAAAACAUAAUUUCAUCCAAAAUUCAUUUCAAAAUCGCAUGCGUUCAAUUUACGUAUUAAACAUUUUUCAAAUAGUACAGAAGGUCGAGAUAAAAUCGAAAUUUUUGUGAAUUUGAAACGUAAAUUUAAAUGAAUGUUCAUUUUAUUGAUUUUCUGAUGCCUCAAAAACGUGUGAAACAAGUUUGUGAAAGUUCGGCCUUUAUCUUCUUUAUGAUGAAUAAUUUUUUUAAACAAAGUCAAAACAGAACGAUAACGCUGUCAAGAAAAUACUCUGUCACUUAAGGGAUGCCAAAUUUGUCAGGAAAUAUUUUUCCAAAGGUAUUUUAUGAGCCGAAACAAAGAAUUUCCACUACUUUGAAAUUGAUUUGUCAUUUCCAUAAAAUUCUUUUUGAAUAAUCACUGUUCCGUUUCGAUAAUUUUAUUACUGGUUAAAAAAGUUAUGUUAAUAUGAAUCUCUUCAGAAUAAAAAAAACGUGAAUAGAAUCUAUUAAAAGGGUAUUUUCUGAGGAAUUUUCAGAGACAGAAAAAAAUCCAAUGAAGUUCCUAAAAAUUUAUUUUUCAGCAUUAAUUUUUAAGAGAAAUUCUUUGUUUAUGCCUGCUUACCACUUCAUUGAGAGCUAAUCAUUGAUUCAUAUCCCUAAAAUUUUCUACUCCAUGCGAAACAAUAGGUCUAUAUGUCAAAGUGUAAAAAGAGCCAUUGGCUUAAGAAUGUACAGUAUUAGUAUAUAGGAGUCUAGUUUUUAUUCAAAUAUAAACAAUGGAAAGGAAGAACCUUUCUCAUUAUUACUCCGGCAUGGAAUUCUCCUACAACUAUGAUUCUAGAUUAUUAAAAUUACAGUGCAAUGGGUACGUUGAUCAUGGUGAUGAACACUAAAACGUGACGAAAGUGUCAUCAUCCUCACCCAUUUGCGAUAAAAAAUGUCUUUACCGAUCAAAUAUCUUAUCAAAUAGUUUUUUUUUCUUCAAAAACGAUUUGUUGUAAUUUUAGAUUUAUUGGUAAAUAAAGGGUUGUUUUCAGCAAA